AUGGGAGGUGUGGAGUUGCUUGUUAGGGAGGGGGUGGUUGGGCCAUUGGCCGAAUGGAGGGAGUAUCUUCCCAUGGGAGGGAAUGCAAAAAUGGUUGAGGAAACACUAAAACUAGCCUAUGGGGAGGAUUCUAACUUGAUCAAAGACAAGCGGAUUGCAGCAGUGCAAGCUCUCUCCGGAACUGGUGCAUGCCGACUCUUUGCGGACUUCCAAAAGAGGUUUUGCCCUGAUUCCCAAAUCUACAUUCCAGUCCCUACGUGGGCCAAUAUUUUUGGGUUUCUAACUUUAGAUUUCAACAGUCAUCAUAACAUCUGGAGAGAUGCACAAGUCCCUCAAAAGACAUUCCAUUAUUAUCAUCCAGAGUCAAGAGGGUUGGAUUUUCCUUCAUUGAUGGAUGAUACAAAGAAUGCGCCAAAUGGGUCAUUCUUUCUGCUUCAUGCUUGUGCUCACAAUCCUACUGGAGUGGAUCCUUCAGAGGAACAAUGGAGAGAGAUCUCAUAUCAGUUCAAGGUCAAAGGACAUUUUGCCUUCUUUGACAUGGCAUAUCAAGGUUUUGCGAGUGGUGAUCCGGAGAGGGAUGCGAAGUCUAUCAGGAUUUUUCUUGAGGAUGGUCAUCUAAUUGGAUGUGCCCAAUCCUAUGCAAAAAAUAUGGGACUCUAUGGCCAGAGAGUCGGCUGCCUCAGUGUGGUGUGCGAAGAUGAUAAACAAGCUGUAUCUGUGAAAAGUCAGCUGCAGCAGCUUGCUCGACCCAUGUACAGUAAUCCACCUCUUCAUGGUGCACACAUUGUAUCAACUAUCCUUGGUGAUCCGGAUUUGAAGAAACUAUGGCUCAGGGAAGUUAAGGUAGUAUUGGAUCAAUUAUUUUCAUUCCUGGAUUUUGUUCUCCUUGUUAAAGAGGAUUGUGCGGUGCAAUAG